AUGGACUUCUUGCUGGCCAUGGCACUCAACUUGGAGUUCCGGGAGAUGCGCACCAGCGAGAGGGUGGAGAUGAUGGAGCUAAAUGACUGCUUCGCCAGCUACAUCGAGAAGGUGUGGCUGCUGGAGCAGCAGAACAAGGUGCUGGUGCUGAAGCUGAACCAGGCGCAGGACCAGGAGCUGUCCCGCCUGGGGGACAUUUACCAGGAGCAGCUGCGGGAGCUGCGGCGCCACGUGGAGCAGUUGGACACUGCCAAGGCCCGGCUGGAGAUCGAGAGGUUCAACCUGGCCCAGGACCUCAGCAGCCUCCAGCAGAAGCUGCAAGAUGAGGUGACCCCGUGGCUGGAGGCUGAGAGCAACCUGGCUGCCUACAGGCAGGAUGUGGACAAUGCCACUUUGGCUCAUCUGGACCUGGAGCGGCACGUGGGGACCCUGCAGGAUGAGAUCGCCUUCCUGCACAAGGUCCACGAGGAGGAGCUGCAAGGGCUGCAGGAGCAGCUGUCCCGGCAGUGGGUGCAUGUGGAGGUGAAUGCCAGCAAACCAGACCUGACGGCCGCCCUGCGUGACAUCCGCAGCCAGUACGAGGCCGUGACCGCCAGCAACACCCAGGAGACAGAGCAGUGGUACAAAUGCAAGUUCGCAGACCUGAGGGACGCGGCCGCCCAGCAAAACGAGGCCCUACACGCGACCAAUCAGGAGGCUGAUGAGUACCGGCGCCAGCUGCAGGCCCUCACCUGCGACCUGGAGGCUCUGAGGGGCUCGAAGGAGUCCCUGGAGAGGCAGCUGCAAGAGCUGGAGAAGCGCUACACCCUGGAGACGGCCGACUAUCAAGACACAGUGGCAUGGCUGGAGGAGGACAUCCAGAGCCUCGAGGAGGAGAUGGCCCGGCAUCUGCAGGACUACCAGGACCUGCUCAACGUCAGGCUGGCCCUGGACAUGGAGAUCACCACAUACCGCAAGUUGCUGGAGAUCGAGGAGAGCAGGUGA